AAGGCGCUGCCGCACGGGGACGAGGCGGCGGUGCAGCAGGCGCUCGACGACAUUUGGGACGAGGCGGCGGGGCAUUUCACGCCGUGCAGCGCCGAUGUGCUGUCGGCCAUCGCCGUGGCGGCGAGCAGCAGCAGCAUGUCCGAUGCCUUCCGCACGCGGGUGGCGGAGCGGCUCAUCAUGACAUCCCAGCGGCGUCUCCAGGACAGCGGGCAACAGCUGCCGCGGCGCGCGCUGAAAUUUGUGAACGCGGUGCAGUCACGGGAGAAGCAGGAGUCUAUUAGGCGCAUGCUUGCCGCACAAGAAAAUGGGGCGUAA